AUGUCACAAUUGCAAAGAGCAGGAACUCUGCUAGCAUGCUCCGUCGUGGGCUUCGUCUGUGGAACGUUAUAUCUAUACUCAGCUUAUGGACCUCAAGUUGCCCAUAAAUUACAUUAUACCACUACUGAGUCUUCAUUGAUUGCAUAUGCAGGAACUAUAGGUACUGCGUGUGCAGGCUUACCAGCAUCAUUCAUCAUAGAUAACAGGGGGUUUUGGAUUCCAAUGCUGAUUGGUGGUCUAGGUUUAUCUGCUGGUUUUAUAGGACUCAAAGAUCAAUAUGUUAAAAAUUAUGAGAGUGUUGGCAUUUCAUUUUCUUUAUUAUUUUUAGUCGGUGCUGGGUCUUUAUUCAUUAAUUCAGCUGCUAUCAAAUGUUGUGCCGUUACCUUUCCAAACAAUAGAGGGAUUGCAACUUCUUUCCCAAUUGCAACUUAUGGAUUAAGUGCAUUUAUUUAUUCAUCAAUAGCUUCGUUAUUUUUCAAAGCUGAUACUGCACGUUUUCUAGCAUUUUUAGGAUAUUCAGCUGGAGCUGUCUGCUUGAUGACUUUACCAAUGGUUUAUAUUGCUGAUAAGAACUCAAAUCAUGGACAAUCUUCAAGAAUUCCUAUUCCAACCGGAGGUUCAAGAACUCCAUCAAUUGAACUACAAUCACUUUCUACCACGCCAUUUCCAAAACAACAACAUCUUGCAGAAGAGUUAUUACACAAGAAAUUAAAACAGAAAACAGAAUACACUAAAUUCGAAGUUUUCAAAAGUAUUGAUUUCUGGUUAUUGUUAACCACUGCUGGUAUUUUAGCUGCAUUAGGACAAAUGUAUAUAUAUUCUGUUGGUUUUAUGGUAAAAUCCUUAUUACAUGGCUCUAUUGAAGAUGUUAUUUUACGUGAACAACAAUUUCAAGUUUCUGUCAUGUCGAUUGCAAAUUGUACAGGAAGAUUAUUAAGUGGAAUUGUUGGUGAUUCACUUUCCGCUUAUUUUAAAAAAUCAAGAGGUUGGAUAAUGUUAAUACCUGGAGGGCUCUUAUUACUUGUUCAAAUAUUAGGAUCUUUAGUUUCGAGUCAUGAAUAUCUUUGGAUUGUAUCGAUGUUGAAUGGUUUGGGUUAUGGUUUUACAUGGAGUUCAAUUCCACAAAUUUUAUUAGAUUUCUUCGGGGUGAAUGCAUUUUCAUUUGGUUGGGGUUUCAUUAAUCUGGGUCCAAUUAUACCGGGAUAUUUCUUCACUCAUUUAUUCGGUAGUAUUUAUGAUUUACAUUCUCAUCAAGAUGAAGAAUUGAAGGUUAAAAUUUGUGAUGCUGAGCUUGGUUGUUAUGCUGCAACAUUUCAAAUCGGUGCAAUUUUCGCAGUUCUUUCGAUUGGUUGUGUGUUUUAUUUAAACUUUAGAAGAUCAAGAAAAGCUGCAAGUAGGAAAAGAAGAGAUUCAACAGCGUUGCCAAUUUCAAGUUCAUAG